UACUUAUACUAUACCAUGAAUCCCAAGGCUUCAAUAAAUACUACAUUACAACUAGAAACACUACGCGGAUGUCGAUUGGUCAAUGACUGCGCGUGGUCUGCGCUGAUUGGUCGAAAUGGCUGUCUUGGCCAACUUGGGGGGUGGAGCUUAACCUGCGAUCGCUACACGAACACGAUCCUCGCCAGUCGUCUACAGCGUCCCCCUUGGUCUGGGCUUGCUCGCGAAACUCCAAAAAUGCUCCAGUUACGAUACCGAUUCCUAUGUCUUCUCGUGGGACUACUCCUUUUAGGAGGAACAAGAGCCGAGGAUGUGGAGAGUCCAGGCACUGUUGAAGCUGAUCUUGGGGCUGAUGUGGAAGGUUCGCGUACUGAUGAUAAUGUAGUGGCCCGGGAAGAGGAGGCUAUCAAGCUGGACGGACUCAAUGUAGCACAGAUCAAAGAAAUGCGGGAGAAAGCAGAAAAGCAUGCAUUCCAAGCAGAGGUCAACCGGAUGAUGAAGCUUAUUAUCAAUUCUCUGUACAGGAACAAGGAGAUCUUUUUGAGGGAGUUGAUCAGCAAUGCCUCUGAUGCACUUGACAAAAUCCGUCUGCUGUCACUGACUGACAAGGAUCAGCUGAGUACUAACCCAGAGUUGGCCAUCAGAAUAAAAGCAGACAAGGACAACCACAUACUUCACAUCACUGACAGUGGUAUUGGCAUGACAAAAGCAGAUUUGGUCAAUAACCUUGGAACAAUUGCAAAAUCUGGAACUUCAGAAUUUUUCUCUAAACUGCAGGAGUCGGAGAAUGCAGAGGAGACAAGUGACCUCAUUGGACAAUUUGGUGUUGGCUUCUAUUCGGCCUUCCUUGUAGCUGACAGGGUUGUUGUUACAAGUAAAAACAAUGCUGAUAAACAGCAUGUAUGGGAAUCUGACUCUGCCGAGUUCUCCGUUGUUGAAGAUCCUCGUGGAGAUACCCUAAAGCGAGGUACCACAGUCUCUCUGCAUUUGAAGGAAGAAGCCUAUGACUUCUUGGAGGUUGACACUGUGAAGAACUUGGUGAGGAAGUACUCCCAGUUCAAAUUCCCCAUUUACCUGUGGGAGUCAAAAACAGAGGAGACUUCAGAAGUACUUAAGUGAAUAUUUUUUUUAUAGGUUGAAGAGGAUGAAGAAGGUAAAGUGGAGGAAGAGAGUGAAGAGAAGCCCAAGACGAAGAAAGUCUCAAAAACCACUUGGGACUGGAAUCUUGUGAAUGAUGCUAAGCCCAUUUGGACAAGGAAACCUUCAGAGAUUGAAGAUGAAGAGUAUAAUGAAUUUUACAAGAGCUUGAGCAAGGAUACCAAAGAUCCUUUGGCGAAGACUCACUUUGUGGCAGAAGGAGAGGUGACCUUCAAAUCCCUAUUGUUUGUCCCUGAAGUUCAGCCCUCUGAAUCCUUCAACAAGUAUGGAACCAAGACUGACAACAUCAAGCUAUAUGUUCGUCGUGUGUUCAUCACUGAUGAUUUCCAGGACAUGAUGCCUAAUUACCUGAGUUUCAUUCAUGGUGUGGUCGACUCUGAUGACCUCCCUCUUAAUGUAUCAAGAGAAACCCUUCAGCAGCAUAAACUCCUCAAGGUCAUUAAGAAGAAGCUUGUGCGCAAGACACUCGACAUGCUGAAGAAGAUGGAGCCAGAGGAAUACGAGAAGUUCUGGAAGGAGUAUUCCACAAACAUUAAGCUUGGUGUUAUUGAAGACUCUGCAAACCGUACCCGCCUGGCAAAACUACUGAAAUUCUUGUCAUCUGCAAGCAAGGAUAAGGCUUCUUCCCUGGCUGAGUAUGUUGAACGUAUGAAUGAGAAGCAAGAGCACAUCUAUUACAUGGCAGGAUCCAGUCAGAGUGAGGUCGAGAACUCGCCAUUUGUUGAGCGUCUCCUCAAGAAAGGUUAUGAGGUACUAUACCUUACGGAGGCCAUAGAUGAGUAUGCCAUCAAUGCCAUCCCUGAGUUUGAGGGCAAAAAGUUCCAGAAUGUAGCCAAAGAAGGCCUAACCAUCAAUGAAGGGGAGGCAGCCAAGGAACGCUUGGAGGAGACCAAGAAGCAGUUUGAGCCUCUGACCAAAUGGCUUAGUGAAGAGGCUCUGAAGGAUGACGUUUUAAAGGCAGUAGUUUCGGAGCGUUUAACAGACUCGCCAUGUGCACUAGUUGCAAGCAUGUUUGGGUGGACAGGCAACAUGGAGCGCCUGGCAAUAUCAAAUGCACACCAGAAAUCUCAUGACUCUCACAGGGACUAUUAUCUUAGUCAGAAGAAGACCAUGGAAAUAAAUCCUAGACAUCCACUUGUCAAGGAACUUUUGAGACGUGUUGAAGAUGAUCCAAAUGAUGCUAAAGCAAAAAAUAUUGCUUUGAUGAUGUAUCAUACAGCCACCCUGAGAUCAGGUUACAUGCUGAAAGACACUGUUCACUUUGCAAAAUCUGUAGAAGAGAUGAUGCGACAGACACUUGGCGUUUCUUUAACGGAACAAGUUGAGGAGGAACCAGAGAUUGAAGAGCAGAUUGUAAACCCAUUUUUUUAGUUUGGGUUUAUUUGCAAAUUUGGCAAAAAUCUUUGGUUCUACUUUAUAAUUGAACAUGGGCAUGGGUUUAUUUAUGAGGUAUGGAUUUUACCUAAAUGUCUGGCCCUUUCAUGCAUCAUUUGUUGAAUGUAAGGCGUGUUCAUCUUUGCAAUGUACUGGGUGUUCCAUAUGUAGAAGGUGAAUAUUCACUUUAGUGCCCAUCUAAGUAUGUUAGAAGCUGAAUGAUUUACGAAGUUCAUUUUUCAUUUCCUGAAUAGGAAGCACCGUAACUGCAGACAUUUUGGCAGCUGUAACUUGGGUACUUUACUGCUGUAUAGUGUGUUUGCGAUUACUAUUUAGGUUCAAAUUCACAUUACUGGUAUGAAGAAUGUAUUUCACAGAUGAGUUUAGGUACUAAGAGUUGUGGGUGAUGUGUAACAUUCCUUUAAGCAAUGUGUAAGUGUGUGUACAGUCAUAAAUCAUUUUCAUAAAUAAACAAAUACUGAAA